AUGAGCUCGCUGCGGCGAGGGCAGGAGCGGAUUUAAAAGAGGCCGGGGCGGGAGGAGGGAGGCUGCGGAGAAAGCGCAGAGCCGACCGCAGAAGCGCCGCGCGGUAGCCGAGGCACCCACCGACGGGCGCAGCGGGAGCGAGCGGAGCCAGGAGGCGCGCUCCGGGCAGAGAGAGCCGAGCCGGCCGGGCGCCCUCCCCAGUCCCUGCUCCCGCGCCGCGCCCCUCCGGCCAGCAUGAGGCUCCUGUCGGCCGCGCUGCUCCUGCUGCUCCUGGCGCUGUGCGCCGCACGCGUGGACGGGUCCAAAUGCAAGUGCUCGCGAAAGGGGCCCAAGAUUCGCUACAGCGAUGUGAAGAAGCUGGAAAUGAAGCCAAAGUACCCGCACUGCGAGGAGAAGAUGGUUAUUAUCACCACCAAGAGCGUGUCCAGGUACCGGGGUCAGGAGCACUGCCUGCACCCCAAACUGCAGAGCACCAAGCGGUUCAUCAAGUGGUACAACGCCUGGAACGAGAAGCGCAGGGUCUACGAAGAGUAGGGUGAAAAGUCCCGCAUGGAAAAACGUCACACCGGCUGGGAGAUGAGCGAAGGAUUCUGCAGAUUAAAAAAAAAAAAAAAAAAAAAAAAAGCAACAAACAAACUUUUCUUUCUCACAGGCAUAAGACACAAAUUAUAUAUUGUUACAAAGCACUUUUUACCAAGGGUCAGUUUUUACAUUUUAUAGCUGUGUGCGGAAGGCUUCCAGAUGUGAGACGCUUCUCUCUCCUGCUCCAGACUUUAUCACACACUGCUUUUUACUGAAAAGGGGGAAACUCAUGCCUUUCCUUCGUGUAAAAAAAAAAAAAAAAAAAAAAAUGCUUUUUUGUAUUUGUCCAGACAUCACUACAUCUGAGCUUUAUAAGCGCCUGGGAGGAACACAGAGCUGGGUGGAAACAUUUCAUAGCAGCACUGCUCCAUUGCUAAUGCAGGAAGCUUCCGCUCAGAGGUCCUGGCGCCUCCACACAGCUGCCACAGCCUCUCCUGGGCUCAUGGUUGGUCACAGCCUCAGGGGGACUCCACGGUGGCCCCUGUUACCGGGCAAGCAGAAACCAAUGUCUCUGCCUUUGUUCUUUGAGGAACUUCAGUUUCGUUGCCAGGGAAAUGUGCUUCAUCCACCUCCCCCGGCCCCCAGUUUAUUUUUGCAUACUCUGGGAAACAUCUCUAAGAUUCUGAAAUGGCAAAGCAUAGGGUCCUUAAGGAAGGGGUUGGGUCUUCUCUCCUUGUGAAAGGUUCACUGCUUCAGAACUGAAUGUUCUGGAAGCACAUGAUGUUCCCAAGACUGUUAGCAAAAUCCAACAAGAAAGUUUAAAAGUGUACCCAGACAGGCACAGUGUACAACUACAGACACACAUUCUAUCAGUGAUGGAGAACCUUCAGAGCAUGUUUCUUUCCCUACUUGCAACAGAACAGGCAGGACAGAAGCAUUCUAUCUGAUUUCCCUGUGUCAUUCUUCAAUGUGAAACAGUGCAGUCCUCUUUUGAAAGCUGAGACAACCACGCGCUCUUUCCUUUGUAAAUGUACUCUUCAAAACGCCCCUUCCACACACUGCCCCUUCAGUAUAUGCCUCAUUGUACUGCUGUAUCAUAUGCUAUGCACAUGUCAGAAACCAUUAGCUUUGCAUGCAGGUUUCAUAUUCUUUCUAAGACAAAAAGAAAAGUAAUAAAAUAUAUUUGAAAUGUAUCAAAA